UAGGCGACGGAAAGCCGGAAACGGAAAUGUCACCUUGAGGACUUCCGGAAGAAGUCGGCAUGGCUGCCAGGGAGGAGGUUCUCGCUCUUCAGGCUGAAGUUGCCCAACGGGAAAAGGAGCUGAGUUCUCUGAAGCAGAAACUAGCGGCAGCUCUCACUGCGGAGCAGGAGCCGGAGCAGCUAGUUCCAGUGUCGCCAUUGCCGCCGAAGGCCACCUUGUCCCGAGAUGAGAUUCUACGCUACAGCCGGCAGCUAAUGCUGCCGGAGCUUGGUGUGCGCGGACAGCUGCGUCUGGCCACCGCUUCUGUGUUAAUCGUGGGCUGCGGCGGGCUCGGCUGCCCACUGGCGCAGUAUCUGGCAGCGGCCGGCGUGGGUCGCCUUGGCCUUGUGGACUACGAUGUGGUAGAAAUGAGCAACUUGCCCCGUCAAGUGCUGCAUGGGGAGGAAUUGGCUGGCCAGGCCAAGGUCUUUUCUGCCGCCGCCUCGCUGCACCGUCUCAAUUCGGCUGUGCAGUGCGUGCCUUACGCUCAGGCACUUACGCCUACCACAGCGCUCGACAUAGUGCGCCGCUAUGAUGUCGUGGCUGAUUGCUCAGAUAACGUGCCCACUCGCUACUUGGUUAACGACGCCUGUGUGCUGACUGGCCGGCCUCUCGUGUCAGCAAGCGCCCUGCGCUUCGAGGGUCAGAUCACCGUCUACCAUUAUGACGGUGGUCCUUGCUAUCGAUGCGUGUUCCCCCGUCCACCUCCAGCAGAGACAGUGACUAAUUGCGCGGACGGUGGGGUACUCGGUGUCGUAACUGGAGUCCUGGGCUGCCUACAGGCUCUGGAAGUGUUGAAGAUCGCUUCAGGUCUGGGCCCCUCUUACAGUGGCAGCCUGUUGCUUUUUGAUGCCCUCAAAGGACACUUCCGCUCUAUUCGUCUGCGGGGCCGAAGGCCUGACUGUGCAGCGUGCGGAGAGACACCCACAGUAAAGCAUCUGCUGGACUAUGAAGCUUUCUGUGGUUCCUCUGCCACGGACAAGUGCCGCUCUCUACAAUUGCUGAGCCCAGAGGAGCGAGUUUCAGUCGCUGACUACAAGCAAAUUCUGGAUUCUGGGUUACCCCACCUGUUGCUGGACGUCAGGCCUCAAGUGGAGGUGGACAUCUGUCGUUUGCCUCACGCCCUACACAUUCCUUUGAAGCAUUUGGAACGGAGGGAUGCAGAGAGCCUGAAGCUCUUAGGAGAAACAAUCUGGGAAGGGAAGCAGGGCACACAGGAAGGGGCAGCUCUUCCCAUUUAUGUCAUUUGCAAAUUGGGCAAUGACUCUCAGAAAGCCGUGAAGGUCCUACAAACCUUGACAGCAGCCCAGGAAUUAGACUCCGUACAGGUUCAGGAUGUUGUGGGGGGCCUCAUGGCCUGGGCUGCCAAAAUCGAUGGAACAUUUCCAAAGUACUAAGGCGUCUGGGAUAGCCUGGUUUGAGAAAUGUGUUAAUUGCCAUAUUGCCUCAAAGAUGUCUUGUUUUGCUUUUAAGACUCCAAGUUUUUGACAGCAAUUGAAUAAAUGGGCUUAUUGUUGAA